CCAGGGCAAAGGACCCCUCAGACUCUUCCAAUCGGUCUAACAACUAGACAUCGCACUGACAGUUGUUAACGUGACAAACGGAAUACUCUAUUCAAUUCGUUCAUUGUUGAAGUGAUUAUGAAAUAACGUUUGGAUAAUCUCUCAUUGUAAAUUGUGUCUAGAAGUGUAUUUGUACAUUCGAUUUUUGGCUUGUGUGAAUGAUUUGAAAAGUGUUGAUAAUAAACGCAUCAGGGACUUCAACAGAUUUAGUGAUUUCAGGAAAAUUAUUGCAUUUGGUGGGGGAUGUUAUCUGAGUCUGUUUUAAUGAAAAUACUGAGGUUGUUGAUACAACUGUCGACCUGAAGACUUGUGAUUAGGUUGUGAUUAGCAAUUGAGAAACCGCUGGAUUGAAAACUCGUUUCACAAAUUCCCGGUUUAAGUUUUUGUCGGUUGAGACGCGCUAACCGUAUUUAAUUAUCCACGUGAUUUCUGUAAUAUAAUUUUGAAAGCCAAUUCUGAACUAUCGACAACUUCCUGAUAUUUCAUAGUAAUUACAUGAACUAGUAAUAAUCAUGCUGGGCAUAUGCAAUGAAACAUUGCACAGUUAAUUGAAUCCAAUCCAAGAAGGUAAAAGUGUUUGUGAAAGGUUUGAGCGCUGGCCGUCGGACCCCAGUCCAGAGUUCAAGACCGGCUGUUGUUCCGAAAUCCGCGUAUGAAUAAUUCACCGACAAAUGAAAAUUCAUCCGGUCAGUGGAAUUCAUCAAAUCACCUGAAUGUCAACGACAAUAAGAAGGCGUUGUAAUUACCUCAGGAUCAGAAGAACGUUGUGAUAAAUGAGGGUGUCAAUAUCAUUGAGGAAAUAGUGUCCCCGACUGGGGUAUUAAUCCCAAAAAUAAUCACGUUGGUGCCCAACAUGGUUUUAGAACCAGGAGGUGGUCUGUCGUUCCGACCGCCUCCUGUUGGUGGAACAGCCAGCACUGGUGGCUCAUUGCUGGCUCCAGCCAGGCUGUUCCAGAGGGCGACACCUGUAUUUCCGUUCCAUCUAGGAUGGCCACCGCAUCAUGCCGUACUUGGCAAUGUGCAGAGUCAGGUGCAACAGACAAUGCAGGCACAGCAUCAGGCUGCUGCUGCUGCUGUCAGGUUCCUCAGCCAUCAUCAUCCACAUCAUACCCAUCCGGCACUGGGGAGUCAUCCACUGGUGCCCGGCAUGACAGCGCAUCAUCCGGGCGCACAUCAUCUUCAUCAUGCUGGUGACCAUCCGGAUGAAGAUGACGACAAAAAAGGAUGUGACGGUGAGUCUGAUGAAGGCGGAAGCAAAAGGAGAAGGAGUCGUACGAAUUUCAGUAGCUGGCAGUUGGAGGAGCUAGAACGUGCCUUCCUCUCCAGUCACUAUCCAGACGUUUUUAUGCGAGAAGCAUUGGCUGUGAGGCUCGAGCUUAAGGAGAGUCGUGUUGCUGUGUGGUUUCAAAAUCGUCGAGCAAAGUGGCGAAAGAAGGAGCACACGAAAAAGGGUCCAGGAAGGCCGGCGCACAACGCUCAUCCCCAGAGUUGCAGUGGUGAGCCAAUUCCCCCUGAAGAGUUGAGAAGAAAAGAGCGUGAGAGGCGGCAAAAAAAGCUGCUGAAAGCCCUUGAGAGACAACAGCGAAAACUAGCUGCCAAGGGUAUCUCUGUGGACCUUUCAACACUAAAAGCUGACUGGGAAGCGAGAAGUGCAGCGGCAUCGAGUGGUGGCUCAUUAAAUGGUCAUCUGAGUGGAUCAUUUGGUCAAUUGGGUGGUUUGAACGAAGGUAGCAGUGUAUCGGGCUCGGGAAAUGAUGCCAAUGAGGAGAUUGAUGUUGUUGGGGGAUUGGACUCGUCUUCGGAGAGUGGUAGUGAGCGAAUGGACUCGGCAGCGGAUGGUUCGAUUGAUGGUGAGUGUUACUCAAGACUGACAUUAGAUCAGAGUGACCAUGGGAGGACAUCACACUCAUCAGGUGAGCAUCAGAGUCCAGAGCGCGGCUUGAGUAUCAACCUGGAUCUCAAUCAUCAGCAGGGAAUUCGACGGUGGGGCUUAAGCCUUCUGGAGCGGCGGCGGGAACUUGUUAAUCUGAGUAAUAGCGUUGCAAGGAGAUCGACAGAGAGUCCUAGAAGUCUAGGGCGGAGUCCGUUGGACAGGAAUGACGAUGAGGUACAGAGUGGGAGCAUUGAUCUGUCGGUCAAAGGGAGAGACGACAGGAGACGACUCAAUCCAUUCUCAAUCGAUAGUCUUCUUGGUAAUAAUCGAGCGAAUACACCCAGAGAUGUUCAAAAUCGCUCGUCAACACCAACUAAUCUCACUAAUGGCAGACGAUCUAGUUCACCUACAUCACCAAUAUCUGUACCAACAUCACCAUCCACUACGUAGUCCUGUCGUAACUGUGGAGAUGUGUGAACUCUAUCCGACGAUUUAUCCAUGGAGACUGAUUGAAUAUCAAUAUUCGACAUAUCUGCUGUGAGUGUAAUUGUCGAUGCCACCCCAUUACCCCUCUCAGGCAACAAAAUAAAUGUCAGUGUG